AUGGUUACUACUAUUCCUUCUACUUUUAAAGCCUAUGAAUACCAGCACUUUGGUAACUUUCUCGAUGAAAUUCGACUGAAUGAGGCUGCAGAACAAAAACCAGUGCAGCCUAAUGAAGUGAAGAUUAAGAUCUUGAGUGCAUCAAUCAACCCAAUUGAUUACAAGAUUGGACUCUUUGCAUCCAUGAUUCUAUCAACUAUGGCUUCACCUGAGAACCCCUACCGAGUAGGUCAUGACCUGUCGGGAAAAGUGGUUGAGGUCGGUAGUAACGUCAAGGAAUACAAAGUAGGCGAUGAAGUGUACGCUAUGACAACACCUGAUACCAGUGGCACUUUUGCCGAGUACAUCAACGUAAACACGAAACUCGUGGCACUCAAGCCCAGCAACAUGACGUUUAAUGAAGCAGCUGGUGUGCCUUUGGCAGGUCAAACAAGCUGGCAAGGAAUUGUGACGUAUGGUAAAGUGCAAAAGGAUCAACGUGUACUGAUUCUCGGUGGCAGUAGCGGUACGGGUCUGUAUGGUAUUCAGAUUGCUAAAGCUCUUGGAGCAAAGGUUAUCACGACGUGUAGCCAUCGCAAUGUGGAGUUGGUCAAGUCUGUCGGUGCUGACGAGGUUGUGGACUAUACAAAGGAGAAGUGGAAUGACGUGGUAUUGGAACACUCUAUCGACCUCAUCUACGACUGCGGCGUCGAGUCCCAGUCAUGGAAUGACGCGGCGCAGAAGGUGCUCAAGAAACAGACGGGCAUUUUUGUGACUAUCGGUAUGAUCGAUAAACCCAUUGAGUCGUCCAUCGGUGCGACCGUGCAUCAGAUAUUUAAUGCACCGUGCACAGAGUAUUUGUUAGAGCUCAAGAAGUUGAUUGAGGCUGGCAAGGUGAAGACAAUCAUUGACUCGGUGCAUCCGCUCGAGAACUUGGUGGAGGCCAUGAAGAUUUGUAUGUCACAACGUGCAAAAGGCAAGAUCAUCAUCGAGGUGGCGAAGGCGUAA